CUAAAAUCUGCUGCCCGAAUUUGCCGACAAUUUGAAAGCAAAAGUUGAAAAUAAAAAUUUACAGUUAAUUUUUCUUUAAUUUAAAGGUAAACUUUGACGAAAAAUAACAGUCGGUACUGUUUAUUCUUACUAUUUUAGAAGGCCUCUUAGGAUAUAACAUCCAGCCCACUAUUUGGACUCAGCCAAAAUGAUAGUUACAUCCUUUCAAAUUCUUCAACGAAAUAGGGGAAACAGUCCGCUUAUACGUGAUUUCAUUCGACGGAAUUUAACUCUCGAUAGUUGUAAACAAAAAAAAAUGGCAAAGCUACAGUUAGAAGAACGAGACACUGUAUUGAAACCAUUAUUACAGAAAGGUUGGAUAGUUAAAAAUGAAAAAGAUGCAAUUUAUAAAGAGUUUUGUUUUAAAGAUUUUAACCAGGCAUUUAGUUUCAUGACUGGCAUAGCACUUCGAGCAGAGAAAAUGGAUCAUCAUCCUGAAUGGUUCAAUGUUUACAAUAAAGUGAACAUUACUCUCACAUCUCAUGACGUCAAUGGCUUAUCUCACCGAGACAUUAAACUUGCAAUAUUUAUCGAAGAAGUGGCGAAAUCUACUAUAACUGUCUAAUAAAAUGAAAAUAAUUUCAAAAACUUUUUUCAUAAACGAUCAUGGUCGUUUAUACAAAUUCCAAGUUCAUAUUUUUCUUUUUGAUUGAUUUGCUAUAAUGAUUACUAUAUCAACAUUUACUUACUCUCUCUAUAAUGGUAUCAAGAUAUUCUGAUAGAAUAAGGGCUCCACGAAUUUUUUGAAGUUCCAAAUGCUUAUAAUACAAAUAAUUAUCAUUUAACUUUUUUGAUGUGAUCGUUGACUCGGGGCAGUAAAUAUUUUCAACUUGUUUCUCAAUAACACAAGAUACUCAACAAAACUUUGCAUUCCACGUGUCGAAAAUUAAUUUAAAUAACAUAAAAUAUUAUAAAUUUUUUAAAAUAAAUUAUUUUAAUAACAUAAUAACUAUAAUUAUAACCGUAAACUGGGCAGUGGAUAGAAAAAAACAAGUCAACUUAGAUCAAGAAAAAUAUUGUCUUUCCAAUUUUUUUCUUGAUUCAAGAUGAAUAAAACACGAUUCAAAAAAACUUUUUUUUGUUCGAAAGAUAAUAAAUUCUCUUACUCCAAAAUAGUUUGUUUUUGAAGUAAAAUUAUCUUUUUCUAAAAAUCAAUUUGUUACAUAAGAACUCCAAAUUUCAUGACUUAAGGCUGAGCUAUAGCUAACGAAAUCUUGAAUUUAAGAUUUUUAAUUACAUUUUGAAUAUUUAUGGACUCGAAAAAUGAAAAUAUUCCGAGGAAGUUCAUCUUCUGCCUUUUGCCGGAAGCUAUCAAAAUCGCUGUAAUGAUGAUUAUUUAAAAAAUAAUUAGAAGUGUUAAUGAUAACUUCAGGUCUACAAAUGUGUUAAAUAUUCUAUUAUUCAGCUAAUUGAUUCGAUAUUACUUGAUUUUUUUUUCACCUGAAUAAUAGAAUAAUAAAAAAUCUUAAAUUUGAGAUUUCGUUAGGUGUGGCCCAGCUUUAAACAGUUUUUUGGAUAAAGACAAUGAAUCAUUUUACUCUAAAAAGCCAACUUUUUUAAAUGAACGUAUUACGAUAAUUUACUGCAUUUUUCCAUAAUUUCAGUAUAAUACAGUAUUUCUGCAGCAAAUCUGUCGCAAUUAAUGACAUUUUACGGUAAUUAACCGUAGUUUGCGGCAUUUUUACCAUAAGCACUGUAUUUUACUUUAUUUUGAGUGUUUACAGUGUAUUUCUUUUAUUACCAAUUUACGGUAAAAGACCGCGCGUUUACCGCACAAUGCCGUAUUUUAUUGUUUAUUGCGUCAUUUAACCGUAAAAUCCCACACUUCUUCCGUAUGCCGUAAAUUACAAUAAUUACCCUAAUUAACCGUAAUUCAGAUCCGCCACGAUAAAACGUAUUAUUUUUGUUGAUAUCAUUAUUAAUAUUACUCCUCUUAUUAUGUAUUAUAAGAUCAAAGAAUAUAAGUAUUAUUUGUAGUAUGUCUAAUAUUACAUUCAGGUAUCGUUAUAAAGAGUACAUAAAUUUUUA